ACGAAGCAAACAGUCUCUCCUUCUCUGCACUAUACGCAGACAUACACUCCUCACACACACUGCUACAGAAACAAGAGCAGAAAGACCUGGACAUCUUUGGCUGGAUAUUUUCUUACAUACGCUUGAAAGGGUACUGAGGAAUCAUGGGACUGCUGAAAGUCUCUGUUAUCUUUCUUCUUUCACUCGUCACGAUGACUUUAGCACAGCCGCCUGGAUGCAAGAUCCGCAUCACUGACAGAGGACUGGAGAUGUUGAAAGCUGAGACAAAGAAUUUCGUGGAAGGAGAGUUGAGUAACAUCACCAUGCCAGAAAUGCGUGGCUCCGAGGGCCGCUUCCAAUACACCAUAAAAGAUGUGAAGGUCACAGAGCUGAACCUGACGUCUGACCUGCGCUUCCAGCCAGAAGUCGGGCUGCUGUUCGAUGUGCAGAACUCCUCCAUCACCCUCAACUUCCAGAGACGCAUCCUUUACUGGCUCUUUUAUGAUGAGGGAGCCAUCAACGCCUCGGCUGAAGGCGUCAACAUCUUCACGGUCCUCCAUCUGAGCAAAGACGAGGAGGGCCGUCUCAAGAUCUCCAACAUCACCUGUGACGCGUCCAUCGCCAAGAUGAGGGCCAAAUUUGGCGGGACUCUUGGGCGGGUUUAUGACUUCAUCGGAACGUUCCUGACUACAGGAAUGCGCUUCAUCCUAAAUCGACAGAUUUGUCCUGCCUUGAAUCAUGCUGCACUAGUUUUGGUCAACCAGCUGCUGGAAACAAUCCCAGUGCGCACGGAAGUGGACAAUUACGUGGGCAUCGACUACUCUCUGCUGAGUGACCCUGUGGUGACAGAAUCAAGCCUUGAUAUGGAUUUUAAGGGCAUGUUUUACUCCCUUAAGAAUGAGAAUGACACCCUGGUGAACUACGCUGUGAAUCCCGUAGUGAGAGAGUAUGAUCGUAUGGUCUAUCUCUCUCUCUCCGAGUACUUCUUCGACAGCGGCCUCUUCUCUUACUUCAAAGGUGGCCUGUUCCAAACACGGAUCGCAAACGAACGAAUGCCAAAGGACUUAGAAUUGCUCCUCAGGACCACGUACUUGGGGACGAUGAUGAUGCUGAACCCGGCGCUGAUGGAUCAGCCUCUGUCACUGGAGAUCGAGGUCACGUCUCCUCCUCGGUCCACCAUCAAGACCUCCGGUGCCAACGUGGCCGUCACCUCCAUGGUCAAAGUGUUGGUUCACCCGGCAGGAAAACCACCAGUUCAGCUCAGCAUCAUGACCAUGGAAGGUAAAUUCAACGCCAAAGUGUCAAUGAAGGCCAAGCGCUUGAGUAUCCAUUUAGAUCUGAGAAGGUUUAAAAUCUACUCCAAUCAGUCCGCUCUGGAGUCUUUAGCUCUUAUUCCACUGCAGGGUCCCCUGAAGACGAUGCUGCAGAUAUCCGUGGUGCCUCUCAUUAACAAUUACAUUAAGCGAGGUGUGCAGAUCCCUCUUCCUGACGGGUUAGACUUCAUUGAAGAAGUGGUCGAGUAUCACAAUGGCUACAUCAUCGUGGGAGCAAACCUACACUUCAGAACAAGUCUGCGAGAACUAAUCGAGAACAGGCUGUCGGCUCGCACAGACAACACAGUUUAACAUUAAUGCAUUCAUGCACAAAUACUAAAAUAUGGAGGUUUUAAAAGAAGAGCACUAACCUCCAAGCCGAAGCAUGAUGUUUAACUGUACAGAUUCGUCAGUCAACAUUAACUCGAAAUCAACCUUAUUUACUCUCUUCCUGCUGUUAUUGUGAAUAAUUUGUCAAUGCACAUCAUCACAGAAAAAGUCUUGACUUUAUUUUCAGCUGAUAUGAUGCAGUAAUCUUUUAUUGCUAUAAUUUAAUGCUAAUAUAAUGAAGUUUUGCAGUGUAUAUUUAUGAGUCAUUAGCCAUUGCUUACAUACAUUACCUUUAACACAAAUACUUCUAUUUACACUUUGUGCAAACAGUAUCUAUCACUAUUUGCUGUGUAAAUACCAUCUAACAUUUUUACUUUUAGUGUAAAUAUAUGUUGCAUAAACAUUGCACCAAUAUAAGCAAGUAUUAUAAAGCAUACAUACCGUAGAGAUGCUUUUUAGGAUUAACGGGGGGGUUUCAAUCCUCUGCAAACUCGCAUUAAACUGACUCUGUUGUAAUAUGAAAUGCCCACUAAACCAUUCUGUUAAUCAGUGCAUUUAAAAUCAACUUUCAGAAGUAAAUAGGUUGCAAAUGCUGGUUCAAUAGUUUUGCAUUAACCCCGAAACACAUUCAACUGCUAUACUGUGUGCUUCGAUGGAUGAAACAAAAUGUAUUUGUACCUUAGGUUGAAUUUUAUUAUUUUUAGUACAAGUUUUAUCUUAUAUUAACCGUUUAAUACGAGAUUGGUUUGCCUUCCUUAUUUGUGAAUAAAAUUACUGUACCUCUUUAUAAAAAAAAAUGACCUAAUCACAAACCUUGUUUAGUUCAUUAUUGAAAUGAAACCGGUUUUACGCACCAUUUUCUACAAUAAAAAGAUUCAAAAAAAUCAUAGAAAAAUGGAUCUUUAAUGAACAAAAACUGAGGGAAAGAAGAAAUAAGGCACACAUAUUAUUCCCUUAUGAGCACAAAAAGUACCACAAAUAAUCAUUUAUAUAAUCAGGACCUAAAAAGACAUUAUGUGCAAUGAAUUCUU